AUGACAUCGCUCAUAUUUGUGCACUUUCUUCUCCUGGGGUUAAGGGUCAUUGGCACCACCACAGACACAUGGAGACGCUGCACAGAUUUACUCCCUCUGGAUCUUCUGUCUUUUGUCCUCGAGAGGGACACCUCCAAACUCGUACCAGGGGUGCACAUGAAGCAGGCUGGAGGAGUAAGGGGCGUGCAUUUCUCAAGCCCUCAUAACUCCAUGAGCUUUCCUUCCUCCCAGCUGCUGGUGAACUGCGACCUCUUCCCAGAAGAAUUCUCCAUUGUUCUGACACUAAAAGUCAGUAGCAUUGCGCCCAAGAGAAAUGAAUACAUCUUUUCGUUAAUGGAGCCAAAAAAAGUAGAGAAAAAAAGAGUGGGGGAAGACGAAGAGGAGAGAGAUAAAGGGAACAUUUUGCAAAGGAAUAAAGAGAGGGGUGUCGGUGGAGAAGAGCAACAUGGAGAGAGGGAGAGGCGGGUCGAGAGUAAGGAGGAACGUGGACGGGUCAUCCUGGGACUGAGGCUCUCGAGAAAACGUCUGCACUUCCUUUUUAGAAGUCACAGAGGAGUGGUAGAGCGUUGGGUGUUUCGAGGCGACCGACUGGCUGACAACCAGUGGCACACUCUGGUUUUAGUCGUUGGUAGUCAUCAUGGUCUGUUGCGACAGCUGGUUUUGGUGCCAGGUUUGGAUGCCACCCAUCACAUCUGCCCCUCUUCCGACCCCCAACUAGCAGUUCUGUCAGUACCACCGCUUCUCUCAGACCUGCCUGUCAUGGGGAGGGAGGGAGAUGGCCAUGUAACUUCUUAUGAAACAGAGGAGCGAGUGUCAGUGGGGUUGGAGCGGCCGUGCUCAGAGCCGCUACAAGGCCAGAUGUGGUUCAAUCCGCUCAGCAAAGGCCUCUACCUCUGCGACGGUAAAGUGUGGAUCACCGUGCUAGAGGAUCAUAAACGACUAGACUACUUGUUGGAACACCAGGUCCUCACUACCAGCUCAGAGACACAUGAUGUAGAGGUGUUCCAGGUACCUGGCAUAGGUGUGAUGGCUGCUAUGGCGCAUAGGUCAGCCUCUGGCUCUGCUGUCUAUCUGUGGAGCCACACAGGUUUCCAGCUCUACCAGAAUAUCAGCACAUAUGAAGCUCUGGCUUGGAGACACUUCAGCAUGGGAAAAAAGAUAUUUCUGGUGGUGUCUAACUCUGGAGGAGGGCCAGACAAGCUUCACAAAUCCGAGACAGACUAUUCUGUGAUUUACAAAUGGAGCAAAAGAAGAAAAUGGUUUGUGCAGUUCCAGACUCUGCAGACCCACUGUGCACGGGACUGGGAGGCCUUUACCAUCAACCAACAAACCUAUCUCGCUGUAGCCAAUCACAGACAAGGUGAUAAAAAUCACACUAUAGACAGUGUGAUAUACAAAUGGAACAGGUUAACAAAGUCUUUCGAGGUUCACCAGCUGCUGCUGACUUCAGGGGCCUACGACUGGGAGUUUUUCACAGUCGGACCGUACCAUUUCCUGGUGGUCGCAAAUGCCUUUGAUGGAGUGACUACUUCUGUAGACUCAGUCAUCUACGUUUGGGUCAAUGGAAGCUUCCAGGUGUUUCAGACGAUUAAGACGUUCUGCGCCACCGACUGGGAAAUGUUUCAGAUUGGCAGUAGAGUCUUCUUAGUUGUUGCCAAUGGACACAGAUUCCACGGUAACAGACCAAGUCGAUAUGACAUCAACUCCACCAUCUACGAACUGGACAUGAUUGGACAGCUGUUUGUCCGCUUCCAGGAUAUUAUCACCUACAGUGCAGUGGACUGGGAGUUCUUCAGCCUCGGGGAGGAAUAUUUUUUGGUUGUCGCUAACUCCUUUAACGGGGAAUCCUACUCUCUCAACAGCAUUCUCUACAGGUGGCAGGGAUAUGAAGGAUUUGUUCCUGUACAUUGGCUCCCAACGAUUGGGUGCAGUGACUGGGAGUUUUUCAGCUCUAAAGGAGAAUCAUAUCUGAUCUAUUCUAGUGCCAAGGCACCUCUCUCCAAAGUGUUUAAGCUGAAAACCUACUAG